AUGUUGUCAGCUUGGAGUUUUUCGCGAGGCUCAGAGUUAUAUUUUAUUGAAAGGCCUGAAGAAAUCUCAGUUAUCGAAGGAGCGCCCGUUAAUUUGACUUGCAAGAUUAAUCAAGAUCAUGGAGUUCAAUACCAUUGGGAAAUUGAUGGAAAUCUGGUGUCAGCCUCUCCGCGCAGAUUCCAAUCAGGUUCCAAUUUGAUUAUUCUGCAUGCGGAUAGAUUUCAGGAUUCAGGACAAUUCGUAUGCCAAGCUAAAUCUAGGAUUACAGGAUUUAGACUGAAAACUGAACCUGUGAGCCUGAACGUACAAUGGAUUGGAAACUGUUCUGUUUAUCCAGCAGAACCAACGACUGCUAUAAAAGCUGGAUCUUCAGUUGUUUUACAAUGCAAAGCUACCGGUUCUGGAGAAAUUCAUCAUGAAUGGUUCAGGAAUACCGAGCGUUUGUCGAAGUCCCAGCGCUACGACGUCCGCAAGGACAAACUGCAUCUAAAGUCCGCGAGCGCCGAAGACAAUGGUGUCUAUCGAUGUUCCUCUCGCAACGAAGCCGGCUUCACCACCAGCGAGACUAAUUUUAUUUUGGCCGUAAAAGACGAAAAUGGUGUGGUAAUAGAUGUGAUCCCAAAAGAUCAACUGCUGAGAUUAGGCGAAGAUGCACGAUUUAAUUGCAAAUACCAAGGUAUCGAAACAGUUCAGUGGUUUUUCAAGGAAACGCCAUUAAUUAAUAGCACCAGUCGUUUGACAAUUUCUCCAAAUGGGACUUUGAUUAUAAAAUCAGUUACCGAUCAGGACGCUGGCGUUUACAAAUGCCUUGGAGAUAAACAAGAAUAUAUAGCUGAAUUAAAAAUAGUUCAUUUGGGUAUUUUGACCGAGCACAACUUUGAACCGAUGUUGCACGAAAAUCAUGUUAUGCCAGCACCAUAUGGCAAAAAAUUCCAAAUUUCAUGCAAUCCAACGCAAGGCUAUCCAAAACCAACUGUUUGGUGGAAGGGUCCAAAAUCUCAUAAGAUAUCAAAUACCGGUAAAAUACAUGCAGACAAUAAUAUAUUAGUGAUUGAAAAAGCUGCUCCAGCUGAUUCAGGAACUUAUACUUGUGUAAACGAAAAUAUUGCAGGGACUACUGAAAUGCAAAUCCACGUUAAAGUUAUAAAACAGCAUAAUAUUACUCAACAUCCCUAUAAUGUGACAGUUGACGAAGGCCAUUCUGUCCGAAUGGAAUGCAAGCAUUCUGGUAUGAAACAUCACAAACAUGAAAAGCACUUUACGAAAAUUCAAUGGUUUAGAGAAGGAAAAUUGCUACGCUUGGAAAAUGGUCGAAUAAUGUUUAAUGAAUCUGAUGGUUCGUUAACUUUCACUCAGACAAUUCCUCGAGAUAAAGGAUCGUAUACUUGUGAAGUCAUUACUCAAGGAUUUUUACCAGUUGCUUCCAUUCCUGGCACUUUGAACAUCAAAGAAAAAUUAAAAUUUUCUCCAGCACCACUUAAUAAAAAUUUAGAACUUGGAAGCAUGGGAAAGAUACACUGUAAGGCUAAUGGUACACCUCCACCCACAAUUGUUUGGAAAAUGGAGGAUCUGGACAAUGAUUUACCUGAUGAUGUGGAAGAUGUAAACGGUACAUUAAUUUUUAAAAGUGUUUCUCAAAGUCACAAUGGAAGAUAUACAUGUAGAGCUUUUAACCUGCAAGGAUCAAUAAAUGUUACUAUUGUCGUUACUGCCGUAGUAUCUCCCAAGUUCACUUUAGUUUCUAACAAUCCUACUGAAGUAGUCGAAGGAGCUCAAAUAAUGCUUCACUGCCAAGCUACAGGUCUUCCAAAACCUACCGUCCAUUGGGACCAAAAUUUACAAAUGGAUGUCUUGAAAAACGAUCGAUUUGUCGUGUUUGAUAAUGGUACACUUCUUAUUAAAGAGGCGAAACUAGAGGAUCAGAAACAGUAUGGUUGUACAGCAGGAAAUAGUGGAGGACUUCGCCGAGAGGAAAUUUCUUUAAUCGUGCGAUCUAUUCAUGAUGAGCAUCAGCUUCAUGAUUCUUCUGGUGAAGGUGUCACCAGGGCAGUUGUGGUGACUGUGGCAAUAGCCAUCGCCUAUAUUCUGCUUGUGGUUGCUUUAACCGUCUGGUGCAAAUGCAGGAGGAAUAGGAAAGCCCAAUUGAAUAAAAUGGAAUUCGACACAGAAGAGAUCAAAUUAAAUGGAGAAUGCUCAAAAGCCAAAUACACCGUCAGAGAUGAAGAUCAAAAUGAAGAUGAUAUUCAAGAAAUCGGUGACAAGCCAAAAGAAGUAAAAACUGAUGGAUUUGACACUGCCAAUUCAAAUUGCUCCGCCAAUUCAAAAGGGUCCAAAAAAUCUUCUUGUUACGACAAAAUUUCAUUAAACCGAGAUGCUUUGAGCGAAUAUCUUAAAGUCGGUGCUGGUCAAUUCGGUGACAUUAUGGUCGCCCAGUUGACGAUAAAACCGCCUGAAAUUGCACCAGAUACUGAAAAACCAAAUAAACAAAUGGUUCUUGUGAAAUCUUUAACAAAUACAAAGGAUGAAAAUGCUUUAGCAGAGUUUAAAAGGCAGCUAGAUUUAUAUUAUAAGAUACAAUGUGAUCAAGUUGUUAAAUUGUUGGGUUUAUGUAGGGAAACUAAUCCUCAUUUAAUGGUACUGGAAUUCACUGAUUGGGGUGAUUUCAAACAAUUCCUUUUAGCCACAAAAGGUGCAAAAUCUGAAGGCUCUCAACCUCCUCCUCUUCAAGUUCCUCAAAUAUUAUCCCUAUGCCAUCAAAUAUGUAAAGGCAUGGAAUAUAUAUCCAAAUCUCGUCUUGUACACAAAGAUUUGGCUUGUCGAAACUGUGUUAUAGACAGUAAGUUAUGUAUAAAGAUUUCACAUUCAGCAGCUUCCCAAGAUAUUUACAAAGAUGAAUAUGUUGAACAUUCAAACCAGAUGAUUCCACUUCGGUGGAUGCCUCAUGAGGCAGUAUUUGAGGAUGACUAUUCGACAAAGUCGGACGUCUAUUCCUUUGCUUGGGUUGUCUGGGAAAUAUUCACAGGUGCCAGUCUUCCAUUUUCCAAAUUGAAAAACGAAGAAGUUUUAGAACAGCUAAGAAGUAAAAGCUUAAAGCAGGACUUCCAUGAAGAUAUGGCAGAUUGCUUGAAAGAAAUAUUGAAAAAUUGUUGGUCCUACUGCCCCAAUGACAGGCCGAGUUUCUCAAAAAUAUGUGCAUAUUUCAAGGAGUACCUUGCCAAGGAGUUUCAACCUUUGGAAGAAAAUACUGAUGCCAUAGAAAAAGUUGAAAGUUAAUCCAUAAAAGUAAAGAUAGCAAAUUCAAGUAGUAGCUUCGCUGCAUUGCAUACCAAAGAGUUAUUAUAUAUGUGCAUAUGGAAUAUUAUUUAAAUGAAGUGACAUAAUGGACAGUAAUUAUUGAUCGUGAUUAUUCUACGAAUUUGAGAUUGGGGUAGAUUUAAGAAUGAUUUAGGGAAAAUGAUUUAAAUGUAUGUAGAGAGUUGACAACCAGUAAGGAGAA